AUGGACCAACCGGAGCGUCUUGUGGAAUCACUUGUAGAUUCUUCAUGGGUGGUUUGUGGGACUGAGUUAUUUGCUGAUGAACUUAAGGACUUGGAACAUUUAGAAGAGAUGGAUGAGAAGCUAGCAUCACAACAGCAGCAACAACAACAUCGGAGCGAAGUCGUCGAUGGUUGCGAUGUCUUGCGGGAGAGUUAUGAUGGGAGCGCGUGGAGUCAGGAAAGACGGACCACUAGCAAGCCAAGGAAAUCUCCAACGUUCUCAAAGCAAAAGUUGCCAGACCGCCCGAGUUCGCGGGCGUCCACUGGUGGACAAGCUAAGGAGCCUUCCAGUAUAUGUUCAACAGCUGCUUCCGUUCGCGUGAAGACAGAAAAAGUAGUAAAUGUUGCGGAGAAUCGAGGGCAGGAUCUAUAUAAGCAGAUGUUACAAGCGCUAAAACAGCAGAUACGACAGGUACGCGAAGAGGCAGAUCUUCGUCGUUCAGCCACGCGUCGGCAACUGCGUUUUUUUAGUGCACGCAACGUUGAUGAAUACUUACCCAGUGAAAUCCUUCGGGGGGCCCCGGAAAAGCAUUACCAGUGGAGGAGUGAAGUUUCUGGUUUAGAUUAUGUUACUGAAGAUGUAUGGAGGAGGACACCGCACCAAGAUGAUGCAGCAUCGUCUCCGUCCCCUAGUGUUACUGAUAGUCGAUCAGCGCUUACCAUACUGCAGACGCCUUAUGGGAGUGGCACAAGCUACCCUGCAAUUUGUGAUUUCACCAUCGAUCCCAUAAACUUCAUGGCGGAAAUUAAUGUAGCACUGGAGAAGAAUCAUGGAGUUCGUAUCGUCACUAAGGAGUCACAGCCGCCCGCAGAAGAACCAGAUCCAUCUAUGUUGCUCUCCAAUCAGUUAUGUGAGAUGUUAGAACACCAGCCGGGGCCCAUGAUGGACUUGAAGGAACCAACGUGGUUCAACACUGUGCUGCCUCCAAUAGCAUCAAAAAUGGAGGAGAAAUGGGUUGUCGACAAUAGUGAAGGCCAAAUGCCAUGGAGUGGCGUUGGGCCGACGAAAAAGGUGAAGGGUGGUGGUGUGGAGAGACUACAACUAGCAUUUCCCCCACUCCCAGCCCGUGCUGGUCAAGAUAGCAGGGUAGCUUCUGGUGGGACAGCGACCAAGAGAGCGGCUGUGGGGACUACCACUGAUGGUUGCAACUCAAGCAAAUACACGGGAGCUGGGCGCAGUGCAAUCGGUGAUAUGGAUAAACUUGUACGAUGCUCUGCCACAGACGACACUGUGCGGCUGCGGGCGAAGGCGGGGACGAAGACAACUAGGACGGUGCGCUUCACUAACCACUGUACGAGGCACCUCGCCAUGCGAUUACAACCGGCCACGCAUCCGUGGUUAAAAUAUUCCAUUGUGAAGGCGUCCGCGGGGAAGCCGCUGGCGGCGUCGUCAGGUCUGUGUACAGCAUUGGACAAGCCAGUUACCUUCUUUGAGUAUAUUGACGUGAUGAUAACGUUUGAACCCCAAACGGUCAGGGAGCCUUCGAUAGCAGAGGUUUUACGGAUUGGGUAUUGCGUAGAGCUAAAUAUCCGAAGUGGCGAGGGGGCACAGUGGCAUUUUCUCGAAGUGACUGUUCUAUGCGAUACACAACAACCUGAAUUUCGCCUCGUUCCGUUGGAAAAGGUUGCAGAUCGGCGCGAGGAGGCUGCGGACACAUCCGCAGAAGAUUCGUCAAGAACAACACGUGUGAACUCGAGGGCCUCCAAAAAGGAUUACAUCACGACGUGUGAGUUUCCAUGUACUUUUGUGUUCCAUUCCUUCACCAAAUACUUCCAGCUGGAAAACAUUGGGUCCGAUGCCAUCAUUUCGUUAGGUACCAGUUCCUCUUGCUUCAAGAUUACUUCACCCUUAGAGGAGGACAUCGAAAUACCCGGUGGUAGCACCGUGGAGAUCGCUGUUUGCUUUUGCCCAUUGAGCGAGGCUCACUAUGACGCAGAGCAAUUGUUUGUUACUGUGAGGGACGAAAGAAACGGUCCUGUCUUGGCCAAACACACGUUUAACCUUCGGGGGGAAAGUGCCCUUCCCCACAUUGACCUCUUGCGAAUAGGACCCAUGGAACUGAGUCCAUUCGAAGGGGACGAGUGCAGUAGUGUGCCGCAGUAUUUCCUCCCUGAAACCACAUUGGGGGAGGAGGUAGUUGAGGAGGUGGUUGUACGCAACAAUUGCCCAAUUGCAGUAGAGUACUUUUGGCAGGUUGCCACUGUUGGUGGUGGACCCUCUGGAGCGCAACUGCAAAUAACGCCGUGUCGUGGCGAGUUUCUUCCAAAACAAGACACUAGAUUCACGGUGACUCUAAAACCUUCCGUGGUGGAGCCGUUCGCUGCUGUUCUCAACCUCUUCCUUGAGGGUCUUCCUAGGAUUCCCAUAGAGGGUGAACUAGGGAGGACUGUGGACAGCUGUGGCCCCCCGUUGCUUCCCCCACAAAAUGACUCACGCAUGGCGGAGUUAGAUGCAACAAAGGGGGUGUUGAGGCUCUUAUCUCGCUCUAGGAUGGUUCCUGCUUUACCAGAGCCCGAACAAUUGCGCCGACUCAUGGACCCGUGUGGUGCGCUAAAGAACAUUAUGAAACCGCAAUCGAGCGAGUGUAGUGGCGUCUUUGCGAGCGGAUUCUACCUUUUUGCCGAUCCUAGUCCUCCGCGUCUCAUGCUUAUUCCCGAUCGUUUUGAUGAGGGGUUGGAAUGCCUCAUUAACGGUGAGAACGCACGUCGCGUGGUGUUGCGAAACACUUCCCACCGGCUACUGCACUUCAUCUUUGACCCGACGCCACAGGAAUGCCCAGUGGGUGUGUGUUUUCCAGCCACAUAUGACCCAGAAACUGUGGAAGUGAGGUUUGAGCCGCGGGCAGGACGUGUGCCCCCACAAGGUUCUGUUCCUAUCACAUUCUUCUACACAUUGAAGGAGGUUGGACAUCACAGUAUGUCGGUAAACUGUUACAUCCCGGAGCUGUUUGAGCUGGGAGUGGAGUCUUCUGAGGGGUCACCUCCACUAAAUCUUGUAACAGAGGUCCCGUGCACUCAUGCUCUCCACCUCAGCGUGACGGGUGUUGGACCGACGCUGAUUGCCAGUACUCACUUGUUGGAUUUUGGACUCAUUGAGCAAGGGCGGGAGUCUGAAGCGUCUUUUACUGUGACAAACGACAACCCUAUUCCUGUUUCCUUUGAGCUACAGGAUCCAAAGAAAUGCGAGCCUCCGCGCUUCGUUUUUCUCCCGCAAUCAUUCCGUCUCGGUGUCGGUGAGUCAGUGGAGAUUACUGUGUACCGCCAAGCUGUGGAUAUCACCGAGCCACAGACAUUCUUUGAGUUAGUGGUGCCAAAUGGUGGAUCAAUAGCAAUCGAAACGCGAGCGGAUAUUCAGUUGCAAACAUUGGUGUUACGCGAAACCGUCGUCAAUUACGGUGUGGUGCCCAAUGGGUCUUGGACAACGCAGUCGUUUGUUGUGUCGAAUCCGUUUGCCUCUGACAUACCGUAUACUGUCCAAGCCGUGGACGUGCCGCCGAAUAUUAUGGUUCAGGUCCCACCCUCUGGUGUGGUGCGUGCAGGCUGUGUAGAUGUCCAAAUACCAAUUCGCUGCGCAUUUAGUGUCGUUGCAGCUGGAGGUGGGAAAAGGGCUGUCGUCAGUUUUAAGAAUAUGCGUACUACGCAGGAAAUACUAGUAGAGCUUUGCUGCGAAAAGAUCAGUGAACUUACGGUGGCGAUUGAUCUUAUUCCCGUCCCGAAGGUAUCGGAAGGCACUUGCUGCAUGGCGUACACUCCCCCAAUCCUGCCGUUGAAUUUACCUGAAGCGCCAGAAAUGGAGAUAUCUUCGUACAUUGAGUCGGUUCUGCGUAACCUUAUAGAGCUUGAGGUUCUGAAGUGUUGCGUUCCUCGCAAGAGCAGGAAAGAGAGUUUUAGUGCCGCCGUUGAUGAUGCUGUCACAAACUCUGUUUCUGCCUUGGACGCCAUGGCAAGCGCGUCCGGAGCUGGAGGGACCGGGGAAUUGGUUUUACGACCGUACUGUCCACCUGUGCAUCUCCGUGCUUUACUACCUCAUGGAGAGCCUGUAUGGUCAGAGUUGGUAGUUUUGCGUAUAACCAAUUUGACUGGCUGCCAUAGUACGUACGGUGUCAACUGCACGCAGUAUGGCUUCAACCAGACUCUAGUUGAUAUGCGUCGAAGUCCCACAGUGGGCCGUGCAACCUCGAAGUCUAUGACAAUGACGGCUUCUAGCAUAGCGGCCACGUCAAAAAAUCGCGGUAGAAGCAGGGACGGUACCACUAGCAGGAGACGUGACUCCCGGCGUACCUUCGUCGGCAGUCCCGACAGCAGGCACCCCUUUUCAGCGGGGUAUGCGGAUGGUGACGACACAAAAGGCAGAAAAGCCGUCGUGCAACCGACUUUCUGGUGCAAGAACUUGGAUGGCUCAGAACAGAGGGAGCGUGAGCGUCGCGCUGCGCUGGUUGGUGCUCAGGAGGCUUUACUUGAUGGUCGUGGUUGUGCCACCAUCUUUGGUGGACCAACAGCUGGUGCGUUAAAUCCUUUUGCCGAGUCAAAACUUCCCUUAACGCUUUCUGCCAACCUUCCCGGACGAUACGAGGAGACCCUCAAGGUACACUGUGGUAACAUGCCUCCCGUGCACAUCCCAGUAUCACUAGAGCUUCGUGGGAGACCCGUUCUUUUAGAUUCCACUACUGCGGGUUUGUUGGUAUCGGACGGCAAGGAGAUUCUCUUAAUGCCGUCAGUUCUUGCUGGUGUGGGGCGCUCUCAGCGCACGCUGCGGCUCGUCAACCGUCUUCCGCGAGACGUGAAUGUGUCGUUUAAAAUAUUUCUGACAAACGUAACAUUCUCUGUUUUUGCAGUUGAUGACAAUGUGGAGGCCAAUGCUGUAACGCUUCAUCUCGGGCCUGUGACAGAGGAGGAUCACCGACGUGAAUCUGAAGGAAAGGGUGAGGUGGCCGCCGCACCUGAGAAGUUCUUUCUACCCGCGAUGGGUUCGCAGUUGGUGACAAUUGAAUACGCUCCGGAUGCAAACUUUGUGGGAGCCAACUGUUCCGAGCGGAAGUGGCUCGGUGGUGUUAUUAUCACAGCUGAAUAUGCUGACACGUCUUUUAACGAUGCUUUUAUCAUUGAUGAGUUUUAUCGAAUACAUCCUCAAUACCGGCCUAUUGACCGUGUCGUUAAGAAAUCUGCGCGUGAAGGUGACGCCGCGUGGACGAAAAGCCUUCUGCGACCCGCUGCAGUGUUGAAGGUGCGGCAACCUGUGAUCACACGGCCUGGUUUAAUAAAAAAGAGCACCAUCAUCGUACCCGAGCUGGGCGUAGCUAGUUUUUCGAAGCGGAGCGGAGCAUCCCGACGCAGAUCUCUUCCGAUUUGUUCUGAUUCAUUUUUGGGGGACCACACAGCUUUCAGUGACGACACCACUGAUUCCGACGAGGAGGGGGGGGAAGCAUCGGCUGUAAUACGACAGACGGAAACUGGUCGAGCCCAACGUCAUGAUGUAUUACGUUCCUCGACUUCUCUGGAGGGGGAGCGCAUGGAGUUGCUUUCAUUCAUUGAGAAGCGCCGGCAAGAGAUGAUGGAACACAGCAGGCGCUACUUUGUUCCCAUAGAGUUGGAAUUACAGGCCCUAUGCGGCGUGGCCCAGCUAACUGUGGAACCAUCAGAGAACCUGGUUCGUUUUCCUACCUGCGUCGACGGACAGCGAUGUACGCAAACAGUUCUUUUAACGAAUAGAAGCUGUGCUGUGAUGGCGUUUAUGUUGGACAUACCUUCCCCUUCAUUUAAAUUGUUGAAAGCCCGCCUCAUAUUUUCUGAUAAAGACUACAAGCAGCUGGAAGUGGAGGAUGAGGAGACUCUCAUAUGCCGGAAAGCUUUAGAGAGUUUGAAGUGGUGCGGUGUGGAAGAGCGCCAAAAGGCACGACGUGUGGUGUCACUGGGUCAAAGCAAAGAAAAUACAAAUAAGGGGUGCACCCAAAUUGUGUUGGAAAAAUACCCUACUCAAAAUCAGCGGCCAACGUCUCGUGGAAGUGCGUCCACAACUGGUGUCGUUGUAAACAAGUACCAACUGUUCCCUCAUGAUUCGUUACAGGUGGUGCUCGAGUAUCAAAGCCAAUCAAAGGCAGAGAGGGAUGCCUUGGCGUGUGAGGGUGCAACAGUCACAGGUGAGCUCAAUAUUCUUUACCUCCCUGCUGACGUUGCUAUCGUGAAGCAGCAGCAAAGUGGUGCAGUUGAGGGUAAGAAGCCAUUUCAUCCACCACCCGUAUUGGAGCUUAAGCAAAGCAUUCCCCUUUCCUUGAGCUUUUUGAACCCGUCUGUAACUAGUUCACCCUCAUUCCUUUGGUUCUUCCCUGGUCAGCAGAUUCAUGACGGACGUCAGCAGCCCUCGUACGUUCAGAAACUGCGGUUGAUGAGCUUGCACCCCUCACCUCUCUCCUUCAAGCUAUCUGUGGGAAGCACGGCCGCUAACAUUGGUUUGGUGCCGGCCCGUUGCAAUGCGACACCAGCCCUUGGGUGUCUCAGCGGUGUUGCCGGUGAGCCACGGAAGGCGAUUCGCCAGCUAACCUUGGCAGACGAGACACACAAUGUAUUCACACGUGAGCGAAAAAUACGGGAGAUGAAAUGUUACAUCAAAGAUGAUAAUCCGCCUGCUGUUGGUGGUGUAUGUGUGGAGGGCUGUGCCCCCCAAGACGGGAAAGGGGUUACGCGAGAGUUGCAACCUCGUUCAACACCAUAUGAUAGGGAGAAACUGCUGGUAAUUGAAGAUGCGAGCCGCUUCACAAUCACCCCCAUGGAAGGCAUCAUUCCCGCGGCCACAAGGGGUGGCCAACCUGGAGUUUUUGAAAUUUUGGUGGAGUUUAAAGAACACGCUAACAUGCGCUUCGAGGCUGCAUUUGAUGUACUAAUUGGAACUCACCAUGCAAAGGCUUCAAGUUUCUUUCUCCGUGGUGACAGUCGUGAAACAGAGAUUUAG